GUCACACAUUGAUCUUAAAAGUAAAAAAAGUUAGAUGCAAGGUAACUGUUUCUAUUGCCUAGGUUCAUCGACUUUAUCAUAAUGCAUUAAAAUCGAUUAUCGUACCUAAUACAAGAUACAUGUGUACUGUUUCAUGACGAUAACAAAUCUCUCAGGUUACGUAAAUACGAUUGGGUUGUCCGCUAAUUUCAGACUUCGUUUACGAUGCAUACGACGUUCGAAGAAGCAUCACACUACCGUGUUGCAAAGAUCGUGUGCACCCCUUGUAUUCUACUGUUCCGAAGUUCGACUUUGUUUCCGAAGGAUUGCAAUUUUGGAAAGAAGGAAAAGUGCCUUCCAUUGUUCUCCAAAAGAGUAUUGUUCGAAUCAUGGAAUUGGUUGACUAGUACUCGGAACUUUCCGAAAAUAAAGAAAACAGGUAUUAAUAAGUGGUGGGAAUUGUACGUCGCUGUCGAUGAAUACAGUUACCUGCCGAUUACAUUGUUGAGACGCAUGACCGUAAUUAUGCAGGCCCAGGAAUUCUGGAAAAUAUUAAAUGUUUUAAGCUAUCAUAUCGUGAAAGAACAACAGAUCGAAAUUGAUUUCCAACAUUGUGAUAUUGUAUGGGCAACAAAACUGUAUUUUGCAUACUUACAAUAUCCAGCAAUAGAAUUUUAUGCUUUAAGCAGAAAUGGUAAAAAUAACAGGCAAUUAUUAUUGGCAUUUGCAUGGCUUCAUGGAACACAUAAUGCUUUAAGUGUGAUUGUUAGAAUAAAUUUAUGUAAUAGUGUGCUAGGAAGAGAAUUUACACGCACGAACAGCUCAGAAAAAAAAGAAACAGAGUAUGAUAUACCAGAGUCAUUGAGCAUGCAAAUGAAUAACAUAUUGUAUUUAAAUGGUAAAGUAAAUUACAACAUAAAAGAAAUAGCUGAGUUAGUUUCUGAAAAAGUUAAACUUAUAAGCAAAGCUCAUGCUGCGAGUAUUAAUGUCAGUGGUUUACCACAUCUUAGUGUAUCAGAAUUAGCACUAAUAAAGCGUCUUUCUACAAUUAAUAAAAAGGCACCUUCUAAUGAGGAUAAAAAAUAUUUAAAAGAAUUAAAUGUUAUUGGUAGUUUGUUAGAUGUACACUUGAAAUGGUUAAAAAAAGAACACAUAUUUUUUGAAUGGAUGGUAACCGUAGUUGAAGAGCACAAUAAAUCUUUGACUUCCAGUUUAGAUGACAUAAAUUGGAAUGAAAUUUCAAAAUUCAUUUCUAUAUUACAUAGUGUAACACAAGAAAAGUUUGAAAAUCUAUCUUCAAAGAAGGACUCUAAUAUUCUUGUAAACAGUCCUCCUACUUGUGUAUCACGUUUACUAAGGAUUCAAGAUAAUGACAUAGAAAUGGAAAAUUGGUUAACAGAACUUUCUACCACCGUAAAGAAGGAUAUGGAAGAUCUGUCUAAAAAGAAGGAAGAACUAUCUAAGGAGUUAAAAGAAAUUCUAAAAUCAAUGCCUUCUACCAUCCAAGUUUCAUUUUCAUAAAAAUAUAAAAAAAUAUAAAUUAAGAUAAUGUUUCAAUCAUGAAACAAACACAUUGAACUUACAAGUUUCAAAACUGGGGGAAGGGGAAUGGCAUUACUCCAACGAAGCCUUGUAAGAACUGCUAUAUGCUAUAAAUAAUAUGUAACGGUUGUUCGCUGAAUGAAUCAAACAAUGCAGUACAUAAUUUCGGUGGAACAUGUAAUCUCGGAAUUAUGGAACCUGAACAUUUUUAAGCAUUUCUAAGCUUUCGACACUUUAACAAAUUAUAAUUAA